GGGAGCAGGAGAAGGUUCGUCAUCAGCACGCGCUGCCAGCAGCGAGGAGGUGGCUAAUGCCUCUCGGAGACUGCGGGCUGAAUUCUGCCUUCCUUUGACCGCCUGGCUUUCCUUUCAGACUGCUGCUGGGAUGCCAAAGAAGUUCCAGGGUGAAAACUCCAAGGCGGCUACAGCCAGAGCCCGCAAGGCUGAGGCCAAGGCUGUGGCUGACGCUCGCAAGAAACAAGCCGAGGACGAUGCCCUGUGGCAGGAAACCGACAAACACGUUCUUAAGAAAGAACAGAGAAAGGAUGACAAAGAGAAGAAAAGAGUUGAGCUUUUGGAAAGAAAAAAGGAAAACCAGCGACUUCUAGAUGAAGAAAGCACCAAACUGAAAGGUAAAGGCAGUCAGAAGGAGGUCGUUGGAAAAGUGACUCGCGCUCAAAUCGAAGAGACGCUUCAGAAUGAGCAGCAGCGGCCGCAGCCCCUCAAACCAAAAGAAAAGAGCCACCUGGAAACUCCGCUGGAGGAGAAUGUGAACAGGAUCAUUCCUGAGGAAGGAACCGUGGAGGCUCGAUCAGUAGAAGAUGCUAUUGCGGUCCUUAGUGUGGGACCAGAAGAUCUGGACCGUCAUCCGGAGCGCAGGAUGAAAGCUGCAUUUACAGCCUACGAGGAGGCCAACAUGCCACGCAUCAAGAUGGAGAACCCCAACAUGCGCUUGUCUCAGCUGAAGCAGUUGCUGAAGAAGGAGUGGAUGAAGGCACCGGAGAACCCGUUGAACCAACGGUUCACCAACUACAACUCCAAGUGAACGCACUUCCCACUCACUCACACCCUUUACUUUAGAGAAGUGUCUGGUUGUGAACUUGAGACUCUCACACUGGAAAAUUGAAAAAUCUCAUCCGUUAUAGAGAUUUGCUGAUUUGUUCCACCAGAGGACCUUUGUUUUUUUUGUUUGUUUUUUUUAAUCCGCAGAAAAGGAGAUCAAGAUUUCCCCCAGGUUUACUGCAGAUCAUCUUGUUGCAUCUUGUGCACGAGCCCUGUAAUAAGGCUGUUAUCAUCAAUAAAUCUAUUUUUCCCCAUAAUCACUGCUGGGGAGUUUGGAA